AUUAAACGUCAAAAGGCAAACAGGAACCAAUCCAAAAACCAACCCAAGACACGAUCUAAAAAGCAGCGUCCAAUUUUCCUCCGUGACAAUUUUUUCUGUGAUUCGAUUUUGUGUUAUUGUGUCCACAGACUAGACGUAGUAAAAAGGAAAACUAACGCCCCCAUCCGAAGCAGUAUCCGCUAGUAAAUACAAUAUUUCAAAUACAAACGUUUGACUCACACUGCUUGGACAAAAUGUCGAGUACAUCACAAAAACAUUUGAAUUUCGUUGCCGAACCGAUGGGCGAAAAGCCUGUAUCCGAUUUGGCCGGUGUUGGCGACGUACUGGGCAAGCGGUUGGUUGAAGCUGGUUUUGACAAGGCCUAUACGGUUCUCGGACAAUAUCUGGUUCUGAAAAAGGAUUCCGAACUGUUCAAGGAAUGGAUGAAAGAAGUCUGUCAAGCAAAUUCGAAACAAGCGGCCGAUUGCUAUCAGUGUUUGAACGAUUGGUGUGACGAAUUCCUUUAAGUUGAUGACGAUGGCAUGAGAGAAUGCUCUGUACGUGUGCAUUAAUAUAAAUUUUAUAAAGCUGACACCGUUCGGUGGAUCGAAUAUAUAUGAAACAAAACAAACAAAAAACAAUUUUACCGAUUAACUUCCCCGAAACUUGAAUUUAAUUUUGUAAAUGAACCGUUGAAUAAUAUAACGUUGUUGAAAGUAAAUUGUGAAACAGCACCA